ACCCGCAGCACCUGCACCGUGCCUUCCUCUCCACUUCUCCCCCCUCCGAGCAGCGGCAGCGGUCACGGCGCCUUCGCUCCUCUCUCCGCCUGAAACCCUCAUCAUGUCCAAAGGCACGGUGGUCCUGGCCUACAGCGGCGGCCUGGACACGUCCUGCAUUCUGGUGUGGCUCAAGGAGCAGGGCUACGACGUGAUCGCAUUCCUGGCCAACAUCGGACAAGACGAAGACUUUGACGAAGCUCGGAAGAAGGCGGAAAACCUCGGAGCGAAGAAGGUUUUCAUCGAGGACCUGCGGGCGGAGUUCGUGGAGCACUUCAUCUGGCCGGCCGUCCAGGCCAACGCCGUCUAUGAGGACCGCUACCUGCUGGGCACGUCGCUGGCCCGGCCCUGCAUCUCCCGCAGCCUGGUGGACGUGGCGCGCCGGGAGAAAGCCCACUUCAUCUCGCACGGCGCCACCGGGAAGGGAAACGACCAGGUUCGCUUCGAGCUCACGAGCUACGCUCUCUACCCCGAGGUGAAGAUCAUCGCUCCGUGGAGGAUCCCCGAAUUCUACAACCGCUUCAAGGGCCGGCUGGACCUGAUGGAGUACGCCGAGAAACACGGCAUCCCGGUGCCCGUCACGCCCAAGGCGCCCUGGAGCAUGGACGCCAACCUCAUGCACAUCAGCUACGAGUCGGGCAUCCUGGAGGAUCCGAAGAGUCACGCUCCGGUCGACCUCUACUUGAUGACCAAGAACCCCGAAGAGGCUCCGAACGCCCCCGACGUGCUGGAGAUCACCUUCAGGAAGGGAGUUCCUGUUAAAGUGACCAACUUGAAGGACGCCACUUCCAAAGACGCUGCUCUGGACAUCUUCCUCUACCUCAACGAGAUUGGGGGAAGACACGGAGUGGGCCGCAUCGACAUCGUGGAGAACCGUUUCAUCGGCAUGAAGUCUCGAGGAAUCUAUGAAACGCCGGGAGGCACCAUCCUGCUGCAGGCACAUCUGGACAUCGAGACCUUCACCAUGGACAAAGAGGUCCGCCGGAUCAAGCAGGGACUCUCCGUCAAGUUCUCCGAACUCGUCUACAACGGGUUCUGGUACAGUCCGGAGUGCGACUUCGUCCGACACUGCAUCCAGAAGUCCCAGGAGAACGUGGAGGGCACGGUCCAGCUGUCCGUCUUCAAGGGCCAGGUGUACCUGCUGGGACGGGAGUCUCCCAAGUCCCUGUACAACGAGGAGCUGGUCAGCAUGGACAAGCAGGGCGACUACGACCCCUGCGACGCCUCCGGCUUCAUCAGGAUCAACGCCGUCAGGUUGAGGGAGUACCACCGUCUGCAGGGCUUAUCCAGCCCCAAAAACUGAACGGCACCAUCGCCCCCCCUCAUCGUAAUUUUUUUUUCCACUCCAUUUUUUGUGCCUCUCUUUGUCUACAUGUUGUGUUCUUACAGUUUUACUUACAUUAGCUAAACUGCAGAGGGGUGGGCGAGGAGGCCUGGCAUGUUUAAACCUUGUGUUUUAAGACGCAGCUCUCAGAAUAAAGGUGCUGAACCGUG